AUGCAAGAUCUUCUCAACACUACUACAUACAAACCUGUUAAAAGAGACCCAACGCCAGCAAUUGAAAGAAAAACUGCCAGCAAACUGCUUGAACUUCAUCGAUCCAAGUUGCUUUCGAAAUCGCUAUACCACCAACUUCUGCCAUCGGCAUCAGUCUGUCCAACUCUCUUCGGCCAACCAAAGAUUCACAAGACGGAAAUCCCACUCAGACCUAUUGUUUCAUCCAGGGGCUGGCCUACAUACCACCUUGCAAGGCAUCUGGCCACCUUACUUAAUCCACUAAUUGGUAACACCGGACAUCACGUCGUCAACUCUAAACACUUCACUGAUAUCAUUAGGGAACUUGAGCUGGAACCUCCUGACAUACUUGUUAGUUUCGAUGUAGAAUCACUCUUCACCAGCGUUCCGGUUGAUCAGGCAUGUAUCUUAGCCAAACACAAGCUAGAGCAAGACUCAACCCUUCAAGAGAGAACAUCGCUAACUCCACAAGACAUAUAUGGUCUCCUAUACCAUUGUCUUUCAUCCACAACUUUCAGAUGGCGCACAGAAUUCUACAAACAAACGCAAGGUGCUGCCAUGGGUUCUCCACUGUCACCGGUCAUCGCCAAUUUAUUUAUGGAAGAAUUUGAACGGAUUGCCCUCUACACGUCAGAACACCGACCAAAGUUAUGGCUUCGAUAUGUUGACGACACAUUUGUGAUCUGGCCACAUAACCGGGAACUUCUGGGGGAAUUCCUAUGUCAUCUUAAUGCACAACACAGCACCAUCGCCUUCACCAUGGAAACUGAAUCAGAUAGAUCUAUCCCGUUUUUAGAUGUACACGUAACCAGAACCACUAAUAACUUGCUAUCACACAAGGUAUACCGGAAACCUACGCACACUGAUCGUUAUCUUAACCAACGGUCUUUUCAUCACCCGGCAACCAAACAAUCCGUAUGCAACACCCUUAUUAGAAGAGCCCACUCGAUCGGCGACAAAUCAAGCCUCGAAAAAGAACUACAACACAUCAGAUCUACUCUUGCCCUGAACGGAUAUCGCCAUUAUAAGUUCAACACGAACCCACCAACCACCAGACCAGUUCAACCAGAACCAUUUAAGACAGUAGCCUUGCCUUAUAUAGGCCCCACCUCACAUCAAAUUCAGCGCAUUCUGAACUCGGCCAACAUCAGAGUUUACCACAGUGCACCCAAUAAACUUCAGGGGAUACUUCACACACACAAGGAUAAGCCAUCUCACAAUAAUCGUCCAGGGGUAUACAAGAUCCCGUGUGAAUGUGGUAAGGUUUACAUCGGAGAGACUGAUAGAGACCUCAACACCAGACUCAAAGAACAUCAAGGUCAUGGAAGACGAGGCGAAUACCAGAAGUCAUCCAUCAUUCUCUAUUCAUACAAGGAAAAUCAUCAAAUCCAUUGGAAAGACUCAAAGCUAAUCGCUCCCGUUCUAAAUUGGCACUCAAGACGCACAAGGGAAGCACUGGAGAUAUACAAGCAUAACACAGUUCCACAAGAUAUUGGAUUCGUCAUGAGUGAUAUAUAG